CAGAUCCGAUUCCUCUGGCGCGGAUUGAUGCGCCCGAGCGUUUAGCAGUCUGAAUCGAACGCUGGUUCCGGGUGCGGGCAGCCAGUUGGCGGCUGUAGCCAGGAGCGGCAAGCAGGCGAUGGGAGCCGUCGCCGCGAGACAUCUCCGGCGAGGUCCGCACAGUCAACAGACCAGUCCUGCAAGGGUGAACCCGGAGGCGCUGGGGUGGACAAAAAGGUUGCGUCUUGACAGUGCGCCACCAGACAGAACCCCGUGUGCAUCAAGGAUGAGUGCUCUAGAGACGUCGUUUCGCAAGUUUGCCGAGGAACCAACGAAAAGUGUGGUUCGUCCUGAAUUAGGAUUAAAUUUUGAUUCACUUGGUGGGGCGUAUAACUUCUACAAUUUGUACUCAAGGGAGAUCGGUUUCGGGAUAAGAUAUGGGAAAAGCAUGUUGAACGCAGAGAUGACGAAAUCAAUGCAGGAGAUUGUUUGCGGCUGCUCGGUAAGAUGUUCAAGCAGCUUUGUUGCAGUAUAUGGAAGUGUUGGGAGUAGUCUAGGAAACAUUCUUGCAGAUUGGUUGGGUUUCGAGGACCGUCAGGGAAACAUUCUUGCAGGGGGGCUGCCUGGGAAUGGUAAAGUUACGAUACUAGCAAACGGUGGUGCUGACUGCGAAAUGGGCCCAACUCAGUCGGUCAGUGUGAAUGUCCUAGUAGGAUUAGCUCCACCAGAUAAGCAAAGAGGGGCUGGCAGGCCAACGAAUAGCUGAGAUAAAGCACCAUAUGAGGGUUUGAGCAGGCGAACACGGUUCUGCAGUAUUUGUAGGCGCGAAGGACACAAGAGGACAACCUGCCCCGGCCGGGGAGAUGCCGCGAAGAAACGGCGCAGACCAGGGAAGUGCAAAAAAUGUGGCAUGAAAGGACAUCGCCGGAACACGUGCACGCGACCACUUGGUGGGGUGCAGAAUCAAAAUUGUUAAACUAAUUAGUUUUAAAUUCUGUACUUGCAGUAUGAGGAUUUUCCGGUGUAUUUCAGUGAGAUGUGCUCCAACGCUUGUUCCUCCAGUUCUAGACAUGCAACUAACUUGUGUAAAGGAGAAGAACUUGGUUCGGCGUUGUUGAAUAUCUGUGGUGGAUGCACAUUUUA